AUGGAAGCACCAAAUCAAAGAGAUACAGAAGAUGUGGAAGUGAAUUUUGAGUCUGAGCCUUCUAACAAAUCCUUAUUUUUGGAGAAAGUCAGGCAAUCCAAUGCUGCUUGCCAAAGUGGAGACUUUGCUUCUGCCAUCAAGCUAUACACUGAGGCUAUUGUUCUCGAUCCUGGCAAUCAUGUUUUGUAUAGCAACCGCUCAGCAGCCUACAUCAAGCUCGGAAAGUUUGGAAAAGCUCUUCAAGAUGCCAUUAAAGCUCGAGAACUUCAUCCUAAGUGGCCCAAGGCAUAUUAUCGACAGGGUGUUGCACUGCAGUGCUUGGGACGUCAUGCAGAUUCUCUGGCGGCUUUUGCAUCCGGGCUAGCUCAAGACUCGAAGAAUCUUCACCUUCUUGCAGGGCUUGUGGAAGCAGCCAUGAAGUCUCCUCUUAGAGCAACUCUUGAACCUACCUAUCGGCAACUCCAAGCCAUGCGCUUGGACAAGUCGCCCUUUGUUAUAACAUCUGUGGUGGGGCAAGAACUUCUAGCAACUGGGCAUCAUGCUGCUGCCGUUGUUGUGCUGGAGUCUGCUUUAAGAAUUGGCACAUGCAGUCUCAAGUUGAGGGGCUCCGUGUUUUCAGCCCUCAGUUCUGCGUAUUGGGCUCUGAACACUUUGGAUCGAGCCAUAGCUUACAUGCAGCAAGACCUUGCUGUUGCCAAAUCUUUAGGAGAUCAAGCUGGAGAAUGCCGAGCUCAUGGAAAUCUAGGGUCUGCCUAUUUUUCAAAAGGAAAUUACAAAGAAGCGCUUACGAGUCACCGAUACCAGCUGGUUCUGGCCAUGAAGUGCAAAGAUACAUAUGCUGCUGCUUCAGCUCUCACUAGUCUUGGUCAUGUAUAUACUGCAGUAGGUGACUAUCCAAAUGCAUUGGCCAGCCAUAAACAGUGUGUGCAGCUGGUUCGUCAAGUUGGGGACCGGCUCCAAGAAGCUAGAGAGAUUGGCAACGUCGGUGCUGUAUAUUUAGCCAUGGGCGACUUCGAUCAAGCCGUUGAAUGUCACUUAGAGCAUUUGCGCUUGGCAAAGCAACUUGGCAAUAAAGUUGAAGAAGCUCGUGCGUACAGUAAUCUCGGCUCAUCUCACCACUACAGGAGGAAUUUCGAACAAGCUAUCACCUUUCAUAACCAUGUGCUACGGAUAGCGCAGGAAUUGGGGGAUAAAACAAUAGAAGCCAGGGCCUAUGCUGGAUUGGGUCAUGCUGCUCGAUGCAUGGGAGACUAUCCACAAGCAAAGAAAUGGCAUGAAAAGCAGCUUGAUAUGGCUUUGAGUACCAAAGAUAAAGUGUCUGAAGGCAGAGCUUGUUCCAACUUGGGCAUUGUGUAUCAACUUCUGGGAGACUUUGAUGCUGCUCACAAACUCCACCAAGCUCAUCUCAAUAUUGCUCGCACACUCGGAGAUAAGGCUGGCAUGGGUCGAGCCUAUGGCAACAUUGGGAACGCCUACAGUGCCAUGGGUCGAUAUGAGCAGGCCAUCAAGUUUCAUAAGCAAGAGCUUACAAUAUCCAAAGAAGUAAACGAUCGUAGUGCCGAAGCCUCUACCCAUGGAAAUCUUGCCGUUGCGUACCAAGCUUUAGGUAUGCAUGAAAUGGCUCUUCUGCACUACCAUAGCCAUCUGAAUAUUGCUCAAGAGCUGAAAGAUACUGCUGGAGAAGCCUGUGCUUUGUGCAAUCUGGGUAAUUGCCACAGUUCUCGAGGUGAAUUCUCUCAAGCUGUCCCAUACUACGAGAGUUUUUUGAGGCUGUGUCAAGAGAUCAGUGAUGUUGAAGGUGAAGCCAAAGCUUGUCACUUUUUGGGCUAUGCUCAUUAUUGCCUUGGAAAUUAUAAAGAGGCAAUUCAUUACUAUGAACAAGACUUAGAGUUGGCAAAAGAUUUACAAGAUCGCCUUAGCAUGGGAAGGGCAUAUUGCAAUCUCGGAUUAUCUCAUCUUGCCCUAGGAAAUUUUCAGGCUGCUCUGGAAUGUCAACGGUACUUCUUAGCUGUUGCUCAAAUGAUGAAACAUCUUCAGGGAAAGUUUCGAGCUCUAGGAAAUCUGGGUGAUGUGCUGAUGAAAAUGAAAGAUCCAAACCAAGCUGUUAAAGUGUACCAGAAGCAGUUGAUACUUGCAAAGCAAAGUGGUGACAGAGCACUGGAAGCUGUUGCCUAUGGUGCCCUUGGCCUUUGCCAUAGACAAAUGCAAUGUUUUGACAAAGCAUUGGGUUAUCAUACUCAGGAGUUAACCCUGCGACAAGAGCUUGGCGAUGUUCGUGGAGAAUGUAAAGCCCACGGACAUUUGGGUGCUGUACACAUAUCGCUGGGAAAUUAUACCAACGCAAUGAAGUGUUAUGAAGAACAGUUAGAACGUGCCAAAGAAUUACGUGACUGUGCCUUAGAGACGCAAGCUUUGGGAAAUUUGGGUAUUUCCAGAUUAAACAUGGGUCAUUUUGAGGAUGCAAUUGGCUACUUUGAACAACAGCUUGCCCUUUUAGAACAGUUGGGAAAUGCCAGUGCACUUAUCGACAAAGGCCGAGCGUAUGAAAAUCUAGGAGAUUGUUAUGAUGCUCUUGGUGACUUUGAAGAAGCUGUCAAGUGCCAUGAACAGUAUCUAGCUAUUGCUUUAAAAAGCCAGUCACCUCGAGACCAAGAGAGAGCUUACAGAGGACUUGGGAAUUCCCAUCGCUGCAUUGGAAACCUUCAACAAGCUUUGGUUUGUUUUGAGAAGCGGCUUGUAGUAUCCCAUGAGUUAGGCAACACAAGUGCCAAAGCUGCAGCCUAUGGAGAGCUGGGAGGCAUUCACAGUCAGUUAGGCAACUUUGAGCAAGCCAUAGCCUGUCUUGAACAUCAACUGAAUUUAGCAAGAGAAAUGAUGGACAGAAAUGCAGAAGCUGAUGCUGCAUGUGGUCUUGGUACUGUGUACCAGCAAAUGGCAGAUCACCAGCGAGCUUUGAAGUACCACCAGAUGGAUUUGGAUAUUGCUGUGGAAAUGAACAACAUGGCUGCCCAAGGGCGUGCCUAUGGAAAUCUGGGUGUGGCACAUGAAUCUCUUGGUAAUUUCGAACAAGCCAUUGUAUUUCAAGAACAGCACUUGAGCAUAGCUGCUCAAAUAAAUGAUAAAGUUGCCAAGACACUUGCAUAUAGCAGUUUAGGAAGAGUUCACCAUGCCAUUGGCAACACUCCUCAGGCUGUUGCCUAUUUACAACAAGGUCUUCUCAUUGCCGAGCAACUUGGAAGACGAGAAGAUGAAGCAAGGAUUCGUCACCGACUGGGGCUGGCACUCUGGGGUAAUGAUGAUUUGGAAGGAGCCCAGCAGCAACUAUAUCGUGCUACUGAUUUGUUUGAGAGUAUCAGAAGAGAGGCCAGGGGUACUAGUGACUACAAGUUAUCUCUCUUUGACCUGCAGACUGCUUCCUACCAAGCUUUACAGCGUGUUUUGGUUGGUCUUGGAAGAUACCAAGAAGCAUUAGUUGUGGCAGAAAGAGGUCGUACACGAGCUUUUGUGGAUCUGCUGUUAGAACGACAGACAAGUUCAGCUCAAAGCAUCCUCAAUUUCAAUCCUGCAAAUGUAGAACAGAUCUAUGAUAUCGUCAGUCGUCAGAAAGCAACGGUUCUCUACUAUAGUAUUGCAGCUGGUUAUCUUUAUACAUGGCUGGUUGUGCCUAAUAAAGGUAUAGUAAAGUUCCAUGAAAAUAACAUCAGUGAUGUAGAGAAUGAGACUAAUGAUGACACCAAUGCAGCACUUCCAUCUGCUAGUUCUUUGUUGGAGCAAUAUAUUGCUCAUGUACGUGAAGCUCUGGGAGUUGACAUCCCAUCUCAAAACAACGGAACCCUGUCUGAAACAGAAAGUGAAGCUGGAGAUUUGUGGAACCAGCAACUGGAAGAAAUCGGGGAUCGAUUGAAUCAGGAAAAUGACCGUACAGGAUUCUUAAGAAUGGUGAAUAGAAAUCACCUUUUCAACAGUAGCAAUUACAGUUUGAGCAGUCUCUUCAGUGUCGGUAGCCUAGGAGGCAGCAUUGCAAGUGGACUCACAAGUAGACCUGGCAGUAUUCGAUCUCGUAGGUCUCAGUGGCAAGGUCCAGCACCUCUGCAUGCCUUGUAUGAUCUAUUGAUUGCACCCGUUGAAGAGCAUCUACCUAGAGACCCUGAACUUCAAGAACUCUUGUUAGUGCUUGAUGGUGAUCUUUACUUAGUUCCUUUUUCCAUUUUGAAAAACAGCAGCUGUGAUGAAUAUCUAUGUGAAAGGUUCAGUUUAACCGUGUUGCCUUCUAUAAGUGCCUUGAAAGCCAGCCAGCGAUCUAAAAUAGUUCGGCAAAAUAAUAGCAAAGACAUAGCAACUGCCUUGGUUGUUGGGAACCCAAAAAUUCCAGCCAUUGUGUCUGAGCAUUGGGGAUGGAACGAUAUCCCACAAACUGAACAAGAAGCUAACCUCGUUGCUGAAAUAUUGUCCACCAAAUCAGUAAUAGGUGCAAAUGCUACUAAAGAAAAUAUUUUGAAUCAAUUAUCACAAGCAGAGUGCAUUCAUUUUGCAACACACAUUUCUUGGAAAUUGUCUGCUGUUGUUCUUUCACCAGGAGAGUUUAUGGAAUCAUCUAGACAUUUCUCUCAUGGAUCACAGUCAGAAACCAGCCAUGAGAACAAUGAUUAUUCUGAGGAACCCACUUCGGAAUUGUCUUCGACAGAUCUCCCUCCUCUGUCGGAAUUCCUGCUCACGGCUGCCGAUAUUUUGAACCUUCGCUUGUCUGCCCGUCUGGUUGUCAUCAGCUCAUGCCACACAAGAAACCACCAUGGCCGUGCUCAUUCUGAUGGUGUUGUUGGACUGACACGAGCGCUUUUGGCUGCUGGAGCUCAAUGUGUUCUGGUUUCCUUAUGGCCUGUUCCUGAUUCUGCUGUGAAGAUCUUGUUGAGAACAUUUUAUUCUUCUCUUUUACAGGGAAGCAAGGUAAGUUUAGCUCUUGCAGAAGCAAUGAGGACCAUUCAGACUACCAAACAUUUUGCCCAUCCAGCCAACUGGGCCAGUUUUGUCUUAGUUGGAAGUGAUGUACAUUUGAGCAAUCAAGUAGCCCUCAUGGGACAAGCCCUCUCAGAUCUCUUGAAGACCCCAGACAAGUGCACUGCUGCUCUGCGUGUAGUUCUGCAUUUGGUUGAAAAAUCGCUACAGAGAAUUCACAGAGGGCAUAAAAAUGCUAUGUAUACUACUCAAAAAAGUAUUGAAAACAAAGUGGGCCCUGUCAAUGGCUGGAAAGAACUUCUGAUAUCUGUUGGGUUCCGGUUCGAACCAGCUUCAAAUGGUCUGCCCGCAUCUGUAUUUUUUCCCCAGUCAGAUCCUGGAGAAAGAUUGACUCAGUGCAGUGCCAGCUUGCAAGCUCUCUUGGGUCUAUCAUCUGUAUCUCUAAGUGCAAUUACCAAGUUGCUCUCUAGUCCUGAAUAUGCUGAUGAUAUUAUUCAACUGAUCCGUCAAGUAAUGUCGCAGUUUCUGCACAAAGAUCAAGAAGAUGAAAACAUUGAAUGCUCAGUCAGUGUCCGUCUUUGGAGCAUACCUGGAUGCCAUGAAUUACUUGCUUCACUAGGCUUUGAUCUGAUGGAAGUAGGCCGUGAUGAAGUCAUGCUUCGUAUGGGCAAGCAAGCUAACAGAAGGACCAUUCAAUUCGCCUUGCAGGCCUUACUGGCUGUAUUUGAUACUCAAGAAGCUGCGAAGAGUCUUACAUUAGAAGAUUCUAGUUCAUUAGAGAGCCUAGAAAGUGUACCCAGUGAUGCAAGAACAGUAUCACCACCCCCUGCAGUUACGCCUACUCUUGCAUAUCCUACUUGGCGUCCAGUAGUGGGAAACCAAAUAUUGGGCAGGAGCAGUACUGGUGCUUUUAGUACUUAUGCAAGGACAAGGGGUGAACCUGAUGGUCGAACAGCAACCAUGGGAAGUGACCAAAAAGGAAGAGAAAGUGAUACUUUCACUCCAAGUCCUGUUGAUACCAUGAAGCCAUAUGGUGGAGCAAAUGCUCAAAAGCCUUCACCACAACCAAGUCCACAUCUUGCCAUUAAUCUUUCACAUCAAAGUAAAAUUCGGUGCAUGUAUAACAACAGCCCACCAAGUGAUAACAAUGUUCGACCCGACAGCUCUUCUUCGGCGAGCUCUGCUGCAGAAUGGGAUUCGGGGCAGUCUACUGUUAGGAGACAGUUUACAUCCAGAGAUAUAGAUUCUGCCUCUAUGAAAGAUCUUUCCAUUGGGCACACUUGUAAGCAAAAUAUAUGCAAUUCUCUGAGCGGGCCUCACAGCAAGCAUCCAUCUAUAAAUUCUUUGAACGAUGAUAAUGACAUUAUUCUUUCAAACAGCAAUUCAGAAUUUGAUUUUCCCAGCAGUAGUUCUGAUGUUGGAAAUCUGUCAUCUCAGGUGCCUAAUUUCAACUUAUCCAGCUCGAGUAGCAAGAGUGAUUUGAAAAGAAAAUCAUGCAUGUUUUCCACUGUUGUAAAUAAAACCAUGAAUAGGGAUUUCUGCAGAAAAGGUAUACCUGAUAGACAUUAUUAUAGAAAAGCAAAUACUUUGAGCCACAUGGUAGAAACUAAAGCUCAGAUACAUCAAACUGACACUUUCCACAACAAAACAUAUCCUGGUGGCGAAACUGGAAUUUAUGCACCUUGUCUUGAAGGGAAAACUCAAGAAAAUGUUGAUAUCCUUGAAAUUCGUGUGCCAUCUAAUGUUGGCAGGGGAAAAUCUCUAUAUGUACCACAAGCAUUUCACAAUAGCUUGCUGAGUAAGAAAGAUCAUGGUGGGAAAUACAUUAUGAAUACCCAAUUAAGACAUUUAAGCCAAGAACUGCCCAUAACCGAUGUGUAUCAUGAUCGUAAUGUGGGGUUGGGUUUGGCUCCAUCCCUUUCUAAGAUAUUAGCCACUGAUAACAUCCAAGCAUUGACUGAAGAUGUACCUGAAAAUAUCAUUCAACUUACCAGUAGAAUAACAAAUAUCAAUCAGAAACAUCGUCAAAAGCCACCACUUCCCCCGAAACAUCCACCUCUUCCUUACACCCACAGUCACAGGACUUCAGCUAAAGAUGGUUUGGGCAACAACAAUCUUGAUGCUCUGCUUAAUCACGGGGUUCGAGACCAAGGGGAUGGUGGCUCUUUCACUGACCUGAGUUGCCCCAGUCAAAAUCAAGACAUCUUCCCGCCAUCGUUGAAGGUUUUCUCAUCAUUUCUCAAUAGCAUGGAAGAAAACCACACUUCAAAAUCAAAUUCAAAAAAGUCAAAGUCGGACAAUGUGCUCACGGAGAACUUGUCAGCAUUUACUGCUAACAUUAGCUCACUCGAAUCUUCUCCGACAAUCGAAGAAAAUAUCAAUAAAGCUGAAAAUAAUGAAAACUUCAUGCACAAAGCAGGAUUAGAACGUGAUGAUGCAACUAUUUCUAUCAAUAAUCCUUCAGAUUUACAGAAAGAUGGUUGGACUAUGGACACAAAUCAGAAUUUCUUCAACAGUUCAACUACUUCGGAUACUGAAGGUAGUGACAUAGACAAUUCAUCCAAGAAUGUAUCAACUGUGAAAAGGAAUCCCAAACAUGUGUUAUCUCCCCGCUGUAAAGUUCCUGAAACUCUCAGUUCUAAUCCAUCCACAUGUUAAUGAAUUUUGUACAUUUUGUUAUUUUCUUGUUGUGUGAUUUUAUAAAUGUGAAUAGAUUUUUCGAUUCACUUUUACACUUGUUAAAGGAGUUUAUAUUUCAAUCAAACCCAUUUAUAACGAA